CUCUAGCUGAACCCUAAUGAAGACAAGCACUAUUGAAGGUGGACAGAUGGGUGGGAGGUAAACACUUGAUUUAUUUGAUAAAAUCUAAUUUUGUCCCCUUUUCUGUAUAAUUCCUGAUAAGAAGUGUGCCAGGCAGGAAAAAAGGGGAAUAACAUCAUCAUGAUAGUGUCGCAUCACUGGACAAAGACCUACCUUCCCUUAAUGCAUCACACUAAAUGACAGUGAGUGAUGUCAUCUUUCCAGCUCCCACUUUCAGUGCAAAUCCAGACUUUUGGACAGGCCCAUUUUCACUGCCGGUUCAAAUGGUUGCAUAACGUGAGAACGACAAGAUGCCUAAAAAGAAGGGAAAGAAGGGCAAAGGCGCAGGGGAGGACCCCAGCCUGCGCCCGCAAAUCCUGAGGGACAAGCUGAAGAAGGAGGAUGCAUACACAGCGGGGAACGCUGUGAAGCUGAAGGACACAUAUCGGCUCGGCCUGCGCGGCAACCGCUGCGAUCAGCUCAAGGAGGACAUAGUGGCCCUCCGGCGUACGUUCGAGCGACGGGACCAGGACCUUAACCGCGCCGUGGAGAGGUUCGCGUGUGGCGUGCAGGAGGGUGAACGUCUCUCGGCGCAGGUCUGGCGCGUGCACCGCGAACACGUCGAGCGCCUGCGUGCCAUGCAGGAGAAGCGGCUUAACUUCCUGCAGCAGCAGUGGGACAUGGGUCAGGACGCUUCGGGCCACAGGCUGGAGUUGCUGAGCGAAAGAAUGGCCACCUACUUUCUGCAGUCGCGCGUGGGUUUCGAGGACACCGUGGUCCACCUGGAGCGUCACCACCAGCAGGCCUUGGCGACCAUCCACAUGCUGUACAGCGAGCCCAUGGAGGCCCACUCGGUGUACGAGAAGAGGAAAGCUUUCGAGGUGGAGGAGUGCUUCUUGGACCAGAACGUGCAGGUCCUCAAGAACCAGAAGGCCGAGGAACGCUACCUCCACGAGAUGGAGAACGUGGAGCGCAUGGAGGCCAAGAAACAAGUCUCGGUGACCACGUCCAAGAAGGGCGUGGCGCUCUACAACACCAUCAUCGAAGUGCAGUCCCGACUGGAGGCCACCGAGAAGAGCAACUCCACCAUGACGGCCAAGCUGACGGCGGCCCGCAACGACGCCAAGGCCAAGAUCCACAUGCUCCUCAGCCAGAUGGCUCGCGACCGCGUUCCCGUCCAGAUGAUGAUCAACGAGGUGAGCGUGCACAGCAAUGCCGCCGCCAACAGCCUGCGGUUGAUCAUCGCCAAGGGCGCCUGGCUCCUGAAGGUGGCCGAGAUGUGUCGCCACUUAGAGGCUCAACAGAAGGAGGAGCAGGUGGCCGCCAAAGAAGUGGCGGCAGAAUUCAGUACGCGGCUGGUGGCGCCUUCACACAUGUUCGAGUUCCCCGAGCUGAUGAAGCGCUACAAUGGCGCCCGGCUCCACCAGGACGACCUGAAGCGCCGCAGCAAGAACCUCCAGCGGGAGAACCAACAGCUGCAGCUGCUCACGCGGCAACGCCUCGAAGCCAAGACCCUAAACCCGGACACCCACAACGGACCCUACAACCCCCUGCUGGUCAAGAUGGCCCCCGUCAUGGAGAAGGACGCCAUCAAGCAAGUGCGCUGCGUCAUCGAGGGAGUACAAGCCAUCAGAAUACUCUCCAUCAAUGAGUGAAGACGAACAUGACGGGUGUAACAAACCAGGGGUGGGACAGAAUAUUUGUUAUACUGUAUAUUCCAUCACAAUACAAUAUCAAUACACCUGAAUCAGAUAUCAGUACAGUGACUAUGUCAGACGGCCAAGUGUGUGCCAAUAGUCAUUACUUUGUUUUAUUAAACCAAGCCUUUAGUUUCAUUUACUGUAUUUUGCAACGAACUCACAUUUCUGUUUUAAUAAAUCAGGUCUUUAGUUACAUUGAUGUUGCAACAUAUGGUAACUUAACGUUACUUCGCUUGAAUAAUGCAAGUCUCUACAGAGUUUAAUAGCUGUUUGAACAUUUGUUAACGCCCCCCACUCACACAUUUUUUUAGUAUUUGGGAUGUAAAAUUAUUUGUAUGGUGCCUCAGUAAACGUGAAAUAUGAAUUAAAAUCAUCCACGCAUUCCUGAGUUCCAGACGUUUUUCUGCCAAGAGGCCUGAAUUAAGAUCAUUUGAAUUUCUCAAGCUUAUCUACGUCACAGAUCUCCGAGCCAGUGCUGUCCACGUGUGCUCACACAAUUGGGUGUUCUACACAGAGGCAACCAAUCAUGAAAGGGGAGCGGUUUUAGCCAAAUAUGGACAAAACCGAUACAAAACUGGGUCAAACAGAAGUUCUGUGUCAGAGGGUCCUUUCAGGACACUCUUAAGACAAAACAAAAGGGUUUUUUGAAAUAAAAUUGACAUUUUUAUACUAAGUCCAUGUUAGAGAG